CACAGCGUACCCACUCUCUUCAGUGUAGUCCUUGUCUUCCCAGAGUGCAGGCAAGAUGUUACGUGCGUUGCCGGCAAGCUCUCGAGUUAUUCUUCGUAAUGUGAGGUGUAUUGGGACAGUAUCAGCCACCAUGCCACCCUGUGACUAUCAGCCACCACCAUAUAAGGGAAUGAGUUAUGAUGAGAUGAAAGAAGUGAGGAAGAAGAACUUGAGUCCUGCACUUGCAACAAAUUUCAGUAAGCCUUUGCUGAUCCAUGAAGGACAUAUGCAGUGGCUGUUUGAUGAGACAGGGAGGAGAUACUUGGACUUGUUUGGUGGCAUUGUCACUGUCAGUGUUGGCCACUGCCAUCCAAAAGUAAAUGAAGCCGCCAAAGAACAGUUGGACAAGCUGUGGCACACCACUAAUAUCUACAUGCAUCCAAAGAUUCAUGAGUUUGCUGAGCGAAUCACUGAAACUCUUCCAGGUGACCUCAAGGUUGUGUAUUUUGUAAACAGUGGAUCUGAAGCAAAUGAAUUGGCAAUGAUGAUGGCAAGACUCUACACCGGAUCAUUUGACAUUGUAACACUGAGGAACGCCUACCAUGGAGCAUCACCGUACAGCAUUGGCCUUACUGCUCAUGGCACGUGGAAGUUUGGCUUUGCAAAUGGAUUUGGGAUUCAUAAUGCUUCCAAUCCUGACCCUUAUCGAGGACUGUGGGGUGGCCACCGGGAUUGUGUGGUGCAGUCGGUGAGAGCCUCAGAGAGCACUGUGGAGGGAGGAGAGUGUUCUUCAGCACAAAAAUAUGUGGAUCAGCUGGAGGAGGUGCUGUCCUACUCAAUUCCUCGUGGCCGACUUGCUGCCUUUUUUGCAGAACCCAUACAGGGAGUGGGAGGCACUGUGCAGUUCCCACUUGGCUACCUGAAGAAGGCAUUUGAGAAAGCACGAUCAUAUGGUGGUUUAUGUGUGGCUGAUGAGGUACAGAGUGGUUUUGGACGGACUGGGGACCAUUUUUGGGGCUUUGAGGGUCAUGACGUCAUCCCAGACAUAGUGACUAUGGCCAAGAGUAUAGGUAAUGGCUUCCCCCUGGCUGCUGUGGUCACCACACCUGCCAUUGCAGCCACCAUGUCUAAGGCACUCCAUUUCAAUACUUUUGGAGGCAACCCCAUUUCCAGUGCUGUAGGAAUCUCUGUGUUGGAUGUUAUAAAAGAGGACAAGACGCAAGAAAAUUGUCAGGUUCUGGGCCCAUAUUUUCUGAAUAAGCUUGCUGAAAUUCGUGACAAGUAUCCCAUUGUGGGUGAUGUUCGGGGCAAAGGCCUCAUGCUGGGUAUGGAGCUGGUGGAGGACAAGGAGACCCGUCAGCCCAUCAGCCCGCAGCGGAUGAUGGAGGUGUGGGACGGCAUCAGGGACCUUGGAGUGCUAAUGGGACGAGGUGGACACUACGGACAGGUUUUGCGAAUCAAGCCCCCGAUGUGUAUCACCAAAGAAGAUGUGGACUUUGCCAUAGCAGUGGUGCAGCAGGUGUUGGAUAGAGUGUGUGAUAAGUAGUUCUUUGUGCAUUUAUUCAUCAGGUACAAGAAAUCACAUGAGGAGGACAUACUAUAUGAGGUAUUCAGAAUAAUAGUGACCUAAGCGCCAAAAAUAAAAAAAAUGGGAAAAAACGCAGUUAAAGUUUUGCAACAUUCAGAACGCAACAAUGUUUUACCGAGAUGAGGUAGAAAGCUCUGUUUUUUUGCAAAAUGAAGCAACCAUUGUAAGCAAAAUGUAAUUACGUUCAGAAAGUUACUCAUUAACUGCGUUUUUCCGGUGGGAGCACCUGUAUUUUUGGAACGAAAACUUAAUAAUAAUACUAAUAUGUAUUAAUAAUAAACAACCUCCACCCUUAAAAAUAAUAAAAAAAUGAAAGUUACUGUGUAAAGCUGGUGGAGAUACUGUGUAAAAUUUAGUGCUGUCACUUUAAUAUGAUGUUGAUAUGGUUGAUUAAUGCCUUCACUACUAGCGGAAUUUCACCCUUAUUGCCAUAAUACUUCUGAUGGCAUAGAUGUGAGCCAAACACAAUAGGAAGAAGAUAGUGCUAUAUCACAGCUUGUUGAGACACGCCAGGGUGAAAAUGCAGGCUGCAGGCCUCCCAUUGCCUGCCCGAGUACGUAUGUCAUUAUUGAGUGAGCGCGAGUUUUUUUUUGUUGACGGCCGCACGACUGUGCAAAUCCCUCCAAAAGAAUGGGAAUUUCAACCAUGUUGUGGGCCGAAUUUUGACUUGAAUGUUGCAGAUUCAGAAAGCUGAGGGCAAGAUGAAGAAAAUGCUAUACAAACCUCAAAGUUGGCCAGAGUGGCGCUUAUGUCACUACUAUUCUGAACGCCUCGUAUAUGAUCCUGCUGUAGUCACAGUCACAACAUGGUCUCUCUGGCAGUGUUCUGGUAUGGCCAUCAAAUGUGUGAAGGGGAAGUAGACAAGCAACACAUCCUCUACCAAAAUCUUACAUAGCACAUGGGGAAAAGUCAGAGGAAUAAGACAGUAAAGUCUAUGUAAUCACUUUAAAACAUGCCCAUUCAAGUUGUUGAGAAGGACUUUUCUGACACUCUUCAUAUUCCAUCCUACACAGAAACAAUAAGUGUAAGCUCAAAUUGCUUAUGCUGGACAAAUGACAAUUAUUCAAAGAAACACCUUAGUUGUGUUUUUGUACUUAAGGAAUAAUAUUAAGUGAGUUUUGUAUACUCCUUUAUCAAUAAAAACUCCCACCUGC